UUUUAUUUUUCAAAUGACAAACAUUCAUCAAGUGUCUACAUAUACACAGUAUGUGCUAGUUAUUCAGGAGAGAUAUAAAUGAUGCACCCACUUUCAUGAACUUGGGAGACAAUAUGUGAGCUAACCAAAUUUGUGAAGCAGGUAACAGUGUUAUUUGGUGCAUGUGGAAGUGCUGAGAAUAGGUAGUAUUUGUUACAGAAGCCUUUUAUGGGUGGCAUGGGAUUAGAGCUGUAUGUUAAGAGGUAGGAACCUUAGGUUCCUAUACCAUUACAUUGUAUGGGUAUAGGUGGUUUGGAAUUGGAUUGGGCAUAGUGUUUGGUGGAGAAAAGAAGGAAACUAAUCUGGCUAGCAUGAAUGAUUUACUUUGAGCAAUUGAGGACAAGAGUUGAGACUCUAUUCCAUACCUACUAGAGAGCUGUCUACUAUGAUCUGAAGUUUUUCUCCCCUUCACAAAUUAAUGCUGAAACUUAAUCCCCAAUGCAAGAGUGUUGGGAGGUGUGGUCUUAGGGAGGUGAUUGAGUCAUAAGGGCUCUGCUCUAGUGAAUGGAAUUAAGUGCCCUUAUAAAAGGGCUUGGCCAAGGGAGUUCACCCCUUUUUGCCUUUUCACUUUCUGCCAUGUGAGGACACAGCUUUCCUUAUUUCUGGAGUACAAAGUUUUUGAGGCACCAUCUUGGAACCAGAGAUAAGACCUCUACCAAACAAUCUUGGUGCCUUGAUCCUGAACUUUUCAGCCUCCAGAAUUAUAAGAAAAAUAAAUUUCUGUUCUUUAUAAAUAACCCAGUCUUUCACAUAGACUAAUGGAACAGAAUAGAGAACCCAGAAAUAAAUCUACACAACUAUAAUAACCUUCUCUUUGACAAAGUUGCCAAGAACAUACAUUGAGGAAAGGACAGUCUCUUUAGCAAAUGUGCUGGAAAAACUGGAUAUCCAUGUAUAGAAGAAUGAAACUAGACCCUUAUCUCUUCCCAUACACAAAAAUAAAAUUAUAAUGGAGGAAAGGCUUAAAUGAAAGAUCUGAAACAAUGAAACUUCUACAAGAAAACAUUGGGGAAAUGCUUUGGGACACUGGUCUGGGAAAGGACUUCUUGAGUAAUACCCCCGAAGCUCAGGCAACCAAAAUCGGACAAGUGGGAUUACAUAAUGCAAAAAAGCUUCUGAACAGCAAAGGAAACAAUCAGCAAAGUGAAGAGAAUGGGAGAAAAUAUUUGUAAACUAUCCAUAUGACCAGGGAUUUAUAACUAGAACACAUAGGAGUUCUAACAAUGCAAUGGGAAAAAAAAAAAUCAAAUAAUUCCAUCAAAAAGGGCAAAGGAUAUAAUAUUUCUCAAGAGAAUACAUACAAUGGUCACAGACUGGUCUAUACUAUUUUGUUAUAGCAGCAUAAACGUACUAAGACACCACCCAAGCUAGAUAUCUAAAUAGAAAAUAGAUGAAAUUAGUAUCUUAGGAAGAACUGUGUUGAAGGGAAACACUGAAGGAGAAAGAUUGACUAGGUAACAGCAGAAAUCUAAAUUUAUUUAAGAUGGCAACUAGAGAUGAAUGUGAAAGACAGGAAGAACGAAUUUUCUUUUCCUUCCUUCCUCUUUUUUUUGGUCAAGACAUGGAAAAUUAUUGAGAUGGAGGGAGAAAAAAAUGCUAAGUUUCCAUCCUGAAUGACUCAACUUGAGGUGGGAGAGGUGGCCUCAUGUCAGCGAGGGGACUUAGCAAAGGGGAAAGCCCCAGAUUUCAGUAAGUACAAUCAUGGAAACUUCGGAUUUUAAAGCUGCAAAGGACUUUAGAGAUCAUCUAUUCCAGCUCCAUUAUUUCACAGGGGGGCAACUGAAGCAAAAGAAGGGUGUGUGACUCCACCCAGGACAGUGAGCUCCAAAUGGGCCCAAAGUAAAAUACAGCAGAAUCCAUGUGUUGCCCCCGCCAGGUCAUACUGUUUAACCAUCCUAACUGUCCAGCUGUCUGGAUAGCGAUUCUCAAGCUUUAAACUGAGGACCAGGCCUUGCAGGCGGCCAAGUUAAACAAAAUAAGAAAAACAGACAAUUUUAAAAAUUCAUUUAUCAGCUUCCAUUGUUGUUAAAUUUACUGGUCUUUAAAAUCCAAAAGUCUGAGAGUCAUUUCUCCGCUGAACAGCAAAUUAUGUGUUAGCUGUCUUUUCCAAGGUAGAAGAAUAAAGAGUAAAAAAUGCAGCCGGAGAAAGAAUGACAAAAUAGGAUUUUCCUGCCUCUGUCUCCACCCUCACUGCCAGGGUUACGGCCAUAGUCUCUUUGUUACAGUUCUUUCACCGCAGGAGUGGGAAGGAGUCCACAGAAUGGACACUGGGGUGGAGACGGGAUAAGGGACUCCCUUUCUCUCCUUCGCCCAGACCAAGGCUUGGUGUUAGUAACGGGGGCGUGGAUAUCCAUUCUCCGCCGCGGCCAUGUGGUAACAUACGUAAGGUAUCUUGCAAAAGCAGCGGCUAGAUCCCUUUGCGGAGGACGCCUCUGUUCCUCACAGAAGCAGACGGUGUUGGGCUGCCCCGUCAGGGCUCCAGAAAGCAGGGCUGAGCCCGGUCCCCGGGACCUAGAACCCUGCAAGCAGUAACGGGUCACAGCGCGGUCCGGGCACUAAGUCACAAGACUGGGUUAGAACUGAAUUGUCCGUUAUGGAGGAAGCGCUGCAGCAUUCACACUGUGUGAAUUGUGUCAGUAGACGAUGUAUGACCAGACCAGAGCCCGGAAUUUCCUGUGACUUGAUUGGUUGUCCAUUGGUUUGUGGAGCAGUUUUCCAUUCUUGCAAAGCUGAUGAGCAUCGACUUUUAUGUCCAUUUGAACGAGUGCCUUGCUUAAAUAGUGAUUUUGGAUGUCCAUUUACCAUGGCCCGAAAUAAAGUUGCUGAACAUCUAGAAAUGUGUCCUGCAAGCGUGGUGUGCUGUACCAUGGAGUGGAACCGAUGGCCAGUUAGUUAUGCAGACCGGAAAUCAUAUGAAAAUCUAAGCAGAGAUGUUGAUGAAGUGGCACAAUUAGAUAUGGCCUUGGCCCUUCAAGACCAAAGGAUGCUCUUAGAGUCUCUCAAAGUAGCCACCAUUAUGUCCAAAGCGAUUGAUAAAGUAUCUGAAUCUAAAGAACAAAUCUCAGUUAAAUCAAGUGUCCCAGAAGUACCACAUACUAAUGGUUUGGUGCCUGUCGAUGAAGAAUCUUAUGGUGCACUUUAUCAAGCUACUGUAGAAACAACCAGAAGUUUGGCUGCUGCUUUAGAUAUCCUGAAUAAUGCCACAAGAGACAUGGGCAUGUUAAAUACAAGUCUUUGUGCUUCCCCAAAUGAAAUGGAUGAAGAGCAUAAUGAAAGAGAAAGUUUACGGGAUAGAAACUUAAAAGACCAAGACUAUCUUUCUGAGGAUGAGCUAGGAGCAGUAGGUGGAAUUGACCAUAGUGACACAAGUCAGAAUGCCCAGUCUGAACAAAAUGGUUCAAGUGAUUUAUUAUGUGACUUGAAUACAAGUUCUUAUGGCACCUCUGCUCUUUGUAAUGGCUUUUCUUUGGAAAAUAUAUGUACGCAGGUCAUAGACCAGAGUCAGAAUUUGUGUGGUGAUUCAAAACAAAAUAAUUUGACAAACGGAGAAUGUGCAGCACCAGAUGACACUUCCAAACCUUCCAGUUCACUUUCAGUAGCAGCACAACUUAGGGAAGUAAUACCAUCCAACGCUUUGCCUAAUGGCACAGUUCAGCAUAUUCUCAUGGCAGAUGAUGAAGAUGAAGGAGAAUUGUGUUGGAGAAAAGUAGACUUAGGGGACUUGAGGAACGUGGAUGUCUUAUCUUUCAGUCAUUCUCCUUCAUUCAAAUUCCUUUCUAAUUCAUGUUGGUCUAAACCAAAGGAAGAUAAAGCAGUAGAUACAUCAGACUUGGAAGUUGCAGAAGAUCCCAUGGGCCUCCAAGGAAUAGAUCUGAUCACAGCAGCAUUACUCUUUUGUUUGGGAGAUUCUCCAGGUGGGAGGGGUAUAUCUGAUAGUCGCAUGGUUGAUGUUUAUCACAUUGACUUUGGGACUCAGACUUUUUCACUUCCAUCUGCAAUAUUAGCUACAAAUACAGUGGUUGGUGAGAUAGCUUCAGCUUCAGCUUGUGAUCAUGCCAAUCCACAGCUUUCAAAUCCAAGUCCUUUUCAGACUCUUGGACUGGAUUUAGUAUUGGAAUGUGUUGCUAGGUAUCAGCCCAAGCAACGCUCAAUGUUUACCUUUGUGUGUGGACAGUUAUUUAGAAGAAAGGAAUUUUCUUCACAUUUUAAGAAUGUGCAUGGUGACAUUCAUGCAGGACUCAAUGGCUGGAUGGAACAGAGGUGUCCUUUAGCUUAUUAUGGUUGUACCUAUUCUCAACGUAGAUUUUGUCCAUCAACACAAGGAGCAAAGAUUAUACAUGACCGCCAUUUGAGGUCGUUCGGAGUUCAGCCGUGUGUGUCUACAGUAUUAGUAGAGCCUGCUAGGAACUGUGUGUUGGGAUUACAUAGUGACCAUCUAAGUAGUCUUCCCUUUGAGGUCUUGCAGCAUAUUGCAGGUUUUCUUGACGGCUUCAGCUUAUGCCAGCUCUCAUGUGUAUCCAGGUUGAUGAGGGAUGUCUGUGCCAGUCUGCUUCAGUCUCGUGGAAUGGUCAUACUGCAAUGGGGGAAAAGGAAGUGUCCAGAAGGAAAUUCAUCAUGGCAGAUUAAAGAAAAGGUAUGGCGAUUCAGUACUGCAUUUUGUUCUGUUAAUGAAUGGAAAUUUGCUGAUAUCCUAAGCAUGGCUGACCACCUGAAGAAAUGCAGUUACAACAUUGUCGAGAAACGCGAGGAAGCAAUCCCAUUGCCAUGUAUGUGUGUGACGAGAGAACUAACUAAAGAGGGACGUUCCUUGCGCUCAGUGUUAAAGCCUGUGCUUUAAAACUGUGACUUCACUUGCACAUACAUGCAAGCACCUAGUAGAAUUUCUUUGUAACAUGUGACACUUUAUUAAUGUAUUAAAGAUUUACAACUAGCUAAAUUGAUUGUCACUAUGUAUAUAAUGUUUUGAAGUGACAUAUAUUUUUAUAAAGUACUGUUUAGUUGAGAAGAAUUUGCCUUAAUGUUUGAAAUGUGUGACAUUUUUGGAACUUGCUGGACAGGGUGAUUUAAUUUUUAGCUACAUAAUUUUCAGAAUUAGUAUUUUUAAUGGUGUGCAUAUUUUGGUUCUUAAAUUUUUUGCUUCUUUAACUAACAAGAUCCUGACCAAACCAUGUAUUCCUCUUGUUUUCUGUGGGUUGCUGUCCAUGCAGCAGAAAAGAAAAACUUCCAUUCAAACUUCUGCAGCGCAGGCUUUUCAGAUAAAACCAUUCUCCACUGCUUCAGCACUACCGUAAGAUUGUUAUAAAGUUUGUCUUGUGUAGUGCUCCCCAUAUACAGUUGUUGAUGAUAUUGAAAAUCCUGACUAAUGUUUAGUAACGCUAUUUAUCAUGAUUUAAAAAUAAUCCACAAAGAUGUUUUCAUCUUACAUACUUACAACUAUUAUACAAAGAGUAACCAUAUGCAGCUUUCUUUUUUGUUAGAUGCCGCAUCCAAAGAUCAAUGGCAGUGUGUUAAUCUGACAGGUUAAAGCAAAAACGGGAAACAAAAAGCAGGUCUGUGUUUAAUUUGAAACUGUUCAUGGUAUAUUAUAUAUUUGCCAUUAGAAAAGGAAAUAUACCUCAUUUUAAGUGUGAAUUGGGCAUAUUGUGUGAGUAAAUUUCAAGUAUUCAGAAUGUAAUUAUUUUCCAUAAGGAUUUUAAAUUUUUGCCUUUUGAUUAUAAAAAUUACAAGUGAGUUUUAAGACAUCUAAAAACUUGAAAUUUGGCAUCUUUUUUUGUAAGAUGACAAUCAUGCAGAAAACUGUCUUGUUUGACAAUCUCUUCGAGACAUUUCCAAUUUUCCAUAGAUUACCAAGAAAGUGAGAAUUGCACCUUUGUAUAAAGAGCAAAGUAUAGUAGAAAAAUAUUCAAAGACCUAUUCUUGAAGUACUUUGUUAUCAUUUUCAAAUUGAUUUAGUUUAAAAAGUGAAUAUCAGUGUUUAGAAAUAAUCUGUUCUAAGUAAAUUAUAGCAUUAGAAAUAAUCUGCCCUAAGUAAAUUAUAGCAUUUGGUAGUUUGAAAUGAUGACAGAUUAUCUUGUUAUAAUUGUCAAAACUCUAUUGCGUUCUUCUGUUCCUACAUUUGUCCCUGAGAGUACUCUGUGGUUACUAGGUUUGAUUCCCAUAUAUGGCAAUCAGGCUGGGCAGAGACGUUCCUUGGGCAUUAGAGAAGAAUUCUCAACUGUUUAAGACUUGUUUUUGUUGGAUCAAGACCCUGGUACAAUUGAAAAAUGUAGCAUUAAAGACUAAAUCAAUUGUUUUGCGUCACCUGUCAUUUAAAGUAGUAAAAUACUUAUUUCUCAGAGCUUAAACUUUCAACUGUGAGAUUGAAUUGCAUCAAGUCUCUAUUUAUGUGAACAACCCAGAAAUCAGAUAUCAAAUACUGUAAAAUCUCACUCUGCCUUUUAAAGUUUUCCUGAAGAAUGUGUCUUUGGUUAGGAUAGCACAAGCAUUAACUUUUUGUUUUAUGGCUAUGCUUUUUAAAAUUCAUGGUUUUUAAGUUUACACUUCUUAUUUCCACACUGGAUCAUGAGAUGUUUAACAUUUUUUUCACCUUAUAUUUCUUUUACACAUCUUUAGCUGUCUUUUUUUUUUUUUUUUUGUUAUGCCACCAUACUAUUUUGCUAAAACAUUUUCUUUGUGAAACAUUUGUUCAAGUUCUAAUAAAAUUAAUGUUUUUCCUUUAUAUGGCUCAGUAACUUAAAAAGAAAAACUUUCAUUCAAUAAAAUUUUAAUACUUGUUCGACAA